AUGAUGCUUUCCGGGUGCACGCACUCUUCUCUCCCAAGAGUUCAGAUCGCCGGACCUCUGGACGCAGGCGCCAGUCCCUUGCUGGGCACAGAAGAUGUCGUGUGCGACAUGGGAAGGAACUGGUGGAGGGGCCGCCUGGAUCUUCAGGAGGAGGAGCAGGCUGGUUGUCAGCAGACAGCUGUCCGGUGUCCUAUCUCUCGUGAUGUUGGUGCCCAGCUAACGUGGCUUCAAGCAACCCUAAUUAUCCCCAGUCUCAGUCUAGCCCCCAGGAGCACAGUUUGGCUGUGGAGUGAAUCCCAACUUCAUUGUGAUCCCCCGUGA